AUGCCCGGCAAACGGCUGCCGGUGCAGUCGAUGGCAACCCGACGGCUGCUGACGGUGCGCUUCAUCCUUAUCGCGGCAUCGCUGGCCGCCGGCCUGUCGUCGGUCAGCGCGGACGAAAUUCGCGACACCCGCGAGGGCGAAACCGUAACCCUGAAGUGUCGCUUCAGCGAGCAGUCGGCGGCCAGCGACUUCUCGUACUACUGGGCGCGUUCGACGGGCAACAAAUUUGACAACGUGGCCAUCAAAGGUGUCCAGCUCAACACGAACUACAGAAUCGACUUCCGGCCGGAGCAGGGCAUCUACGAUCUGAUGAUCAUGAACACGUCCUACAGCCGCGACAACGGACGCUUCGAGUGCCGGGUGAAGGCCAGCGGCACCGGGGCCGACGUCCACCAGGAGUACUACAAUCUGACCGUCUUGACGCCGCCGCAGCCGCCGUUCGUCGAGCCGGUUGAGCUGAGGGCCACCGAGGACGAGCGGUUCGAGCUGACGUGCAGCAGCCUCGGAGGAUCGCCGGAUCCAACCAUCACGUGGUACCGAGUAGGGUCGGAGAAACCGCUCAAGUCGAGCGUCGCGAAGGGCGGUUCGAAGGAUCUGCGGACGUCGGGCAGCCUGUCGAUAGUGCCGCGCCGCGAGGACGACGGGGCCAAGUUCCGCUGCGUCGUCUGGAACCGUGCCAUGGCGGAAAAGGACAAACUGGAGACGACCGUCACGCUGUCCGUUAACUACUACCCGCGGGUGAAGGUGGGACCGGAGAAUCCGCUGCGGGUGGAGCGCGACAAUACGGCGGUGCUGGAGUGUGCCGUCGACUCGAAGCCGAAGGUACCGAACGUGCGGUGGACGCGGAACGGGCGACUGAUCAGCUCGUCGCCGACGCACCCGAUCCAGCGGGUGUCGUUGCAGGACGCGGGCAACUACGCCUGCUCGGCGGACAACGGACUGGGCAAGGUGGGCGAGCAGGUCAUCACGCUGGACGUCCUGUUCGCACCGAUCGUGGUCAUCGAGUCGAAGACCUGGGAAGCGGAAGAACGCUCGACGGUGACGAUCCGGUGCAACGUGACGUCCAAUCCGGCCCCGGUCACAGUCGAGUGGUUCAAGGAGGGCAGCCCGGACUUCCGGUACGCCGGCGACAUCCUGCAGCUGCGGGACGUGAAGGCGGAGCACGCCGGACGGUACGUGUGCCGGGCGGUUAACAUGAUGAAACCGUACAACGGGAAGAUCGUGGAGCGGGUCGGCAACUCGACGGUGGCCCUGCUGGUGCGUCACCGGCCAGGGCAGGCCUACAUCAACCCCAGCAAACCAGUGGUGCACGUAGGGAACGGAGUGACGCUGACCUGCUCGGCGAAUCCGCCCGGUUGGCCGGUGCCCCAGUUCCGGUGGUUCAAAGAUGCGGUCGGUGAAGUGUCGACCAGCAAGACGAUCCUGGCGCAGGGCCCACAGUACGUGAUCCCGAGGGCACACCUUGGGAGUGAGGGCAGCUAUCACUGCCACGCGGUCAACGAGCUGGGCCAUGGGCCGAUGGCGACGAUCAACCUGGAGGUGCACCAGCCGCCGCAGUUCAUCGGCAAGAUGCAGCAGCACAUGACGAAGCGGGUCGGCGACACGGACUUCUCGGCCACGUGCCACGCGAAGGGCAAACCGCGGCCGAUGGUGCGCUGGCUGAAGGACGGGCGCGAUAUUACGACCGACGCGAACAUGUAUCGGAUCGGGACGAACAACAACGACGGGCUGAGCGGGAUGGUGACGGUCCAGAGCACGCUGCUGUUCCAGGGGAAGGCGCGGCCACACAAGAGCCAGCUACUGCCGAGUGACCGGGGCACGUACACGUGCCUGUUCGAGAACGAGGUGAGCACGGCGAACGCCAGCAUGAACCUGCGCAUCGAGCACGGGCCGAUCGUGCUGCAUCAGUACAACAAGGUGGCGUACGAAAUCAACGAGAACGCGGCGGUAGUGUGCCGGGUGCAGGCGUAUCCGAAGCCCGAGUUCCAGUGGCAGCUUGGCACCAACACGGCCGCCCUUUCGAUGUCCUCCGAUGGGCACUACGAGAUCAACACGACCACCGACAACAAUGACAUCUACACGAGUGUCCUGCGCAUCAACCGUGUCCGGCACGAGGACUACGGUGACUACACGUGCCGGGUUGGCAACUCGAUCGAGACGAUCAGGGCUCCGAUCCGGCUGCAGCCGAAGGGGCCACCCGAGAAGCCGAGCAACCUGGCGGUGGCCGAUGUCGGCUCGAACUACGUAUCGCUCGUGUGGGACCCCGGCUUUGACGGGGGCAUCACCAGCACCAAGUUCUUCGUGUCGUUCCGCAAGGUGGCGAUCCCGCACCACGAUCAGGUGCGCGAGGACUGUGGCCGCGUGCAGCAGGUCAGCAGCGAGUGGAUGGAGUACGACUGCCAGCGGGACGUGCCGUGCAGCGUGACGCCGCUCGACCAGUACCAGAGCUACGUGUUCAAGGUGAAGGCCACCAACGGCAAGGGCAACUCGGAGCCGUCGAACGAGGUGGCGACGACGACGAAGAUCAGCAAGAUCCCGGUGCCGCUGCACGUCGGCUUCGAUCCGGACACGAAGCAGCUGGGCGUGAGCGUCGGGGCGACCUGCCUCGCGCUGAACGCCGUCGUCGAGACGAUCGGCUUCCACGAAAGCCCGAUCGCGACCUGGCAGAUCGUGCGCUCGAUCCCGCUGGCCGUGUCCGGGAACGGACCCACCUACGAGGAGCAGGUGCUGGAGGAUAUGUACCCGGCUCGGCGCGCGUCCAGUGGCCGCUCGAUGGUCAACGACGACGACUUCCCGAUGGCCCUGGAGGAGGAGAUCCCGCCGAAGGUGCGCGUUAAGCUGUGCCUCAAGUCGAGCCACGAGUACUGCGGCGACUACAUGGACGCGGAAAUUGGUCCCGCGCUCAUCCACGACUCGCCGUUCAUCGCAACCCCGACACUGAUCGCGAUCGUCGUGUCGUGCGUGGUGUUUGCCCUGUUCGUCGGGUUGCUGCUCAUGUUCUGCCGCUGCAAGCGGAAUCAGACGAAGAAGUCGAACCAAGCGAAGGACUACGAGAUGGACUCGGUCCGCCCGUCGCUGGUGGCCCAGCAAAGCCAGGCGCCUCCACCGUACUACCCGACCACGACCGCCGGGCUGGACAAUAAGGCGCUCGAGCACUCGAUGGACCUGGCGCUGGCGCUCGAGGACCAGAAAACGUCUGUUUACGCCACGCACAACGGUUACGGCUAUCACACCGGCACCAGUAUACAGGUGGCCGGCCACAGCCUUCCGGCUACAGAAUGGGUCACGAUGGGCUACACGGAGAACAGUUACACCAAUUCGAACAAUGGCGGCAGCGUCAACUCGCAGGACUCCAUCUGGCAGCUGAAGGGGGCGCCCGGUCCCGCAACGAUGGCCAUCGGCAUGCAGCCGCUCUCGAUGGCCGGAAUGCAUGGCGGCGGUGGCGGCGGUGGUGGCGCAGCCUAUGCGACCACAACGACCACGACGACUGCGGCCGGUGCAGCGGGCACGGCGGGUCUGGCCUACGGGUACGAUCCGAUCGCCUCGCACUCGAGCGUGUACGGAACGGGCGGCGUGGUCGGUGCCGUGGCGCUGGUGGACGAGUACAGCCAGUAUCCGCACCAAGCGCAGACCCCCAGCCAGCUCGGGGGCGAAGACGACUACCUGCAUCACCACCUGCACCAUGCGGCGGCAAUGCGCCAAAGCCAGAAUCCCUCCCGGCAGCAGGAGUACUGCGGUGAUUCCUACGCCUCUGUACAUAAAGCGAAGAAGCGGUUAGAGCAGCCAUCUCAUUUCGAUGCAUCAUAUCACGACGUCAGCGGGCUACCGGAUCCGUACCUGGACGCCCAACAGCAGCAGCAGCAGCUUCAUCAUCUCGACCAGGAGGACAGCAAAUCACUGCUGCAUCUAAACCACCACCCGCAGCAGCAGGACCACGGCAGCUUACACCUGCUCGCCCAGCAGCAACAGCAACAACAACCCCCGCAGCCGAUCUACGAGGAGAACCUGGAAAGCGGUUACUCGACACCGAACUCGCGGAAUCGACGCGUCAUACGCGAGAUCAUUGUCUGA